UUCCAUUUGCUUCCUCCGUCUUCUCCAUCCCCCCUCCCCUGCUGCCGACCAUCCCUGAGCACUCCCAGGCCAUUAGCCAGCUAGCUACCCCCUCCAUGCGAGGGCGGCAAUGGCGCCCGCCUCCGCCUCCUUCGCCGUCUCCCUCUCCGCCCCCGUCCGCUUAAUUCCGCCCAGAUGCUUCCGCGGUAGGCCGAGGUGGUCCCGCCCAAUCAGGGCUUCGAGCGACACGAAGGGCGCCCCGAACGGGGAGCGGAGGAUCGGGGCUCUGGAGAGGAGGGUGGGGGAUUUGAGGGCGCUUGUCGCCUCGGUGCCUCCUGCUGUUGUCUCGAUCAGGAAAAACAUUGGACUAAAUUCCAUUGCCGGUUUCGGUUUCGGCAUUGCAUUUUUGGCUGCUCUCGCAAGACAGGUCAUCAUAAGAACUCAACAGCAAGAUAGUAGUGGUUCUGUUUCUGAUCUAGUAAGGCGCGGGCAUCUAAAAUCUGGGCAACGUGGGAUUGCAAAGCCACGUGUGUACAAUGAUCCUUUCAAUAAUUCAUUAGUCAAGAUCGAUGAAGAUACUUCUACUGCUCAGAUGUUUGGCAAGGAGUACCGCAUGGCUCCUGUCCGGCUUACAAAUGAACAACAGGCAAUGCAUCAGAAAAGGAGAUCACAUGCAUAUCAGUGGAAAAGGCCCACUGUGUUUCUUAAAGAAGGUGAUCCCCUGCCACCAGAUGUCGAUCCAGAGACAGUUAGAUGGAUUCCAGUAAACCACCCAUUUGCUGCUGGUUCGGUUGAAGUAGAUGAGGAGACUGCCAAAAGGAAUGUUUACCAAAAGGAUGGCGUCCCGUCCCGUGUAAAAGCCGAACAUGAAGCUUUGCGGGCAAGGCUAGAGGCUUCAAAUGAUGUAACACCAUUCUCUAACGGUCCAAGGGGUAUGCAACAUAGUGCAAGAUCAUCGAAGUUAUCAGACGAGCCAUCUGGGAAUCUGCAACAGUCUAAACCUGACAUGGUGAAUGACCAAAAUGGCCAACCAAUGUUAGAGCCUGAGCCUGAGCCCAAGAGCUCUGACAACGGUUCACUAUCAAAAAGCUUGGAAGGACAGUAACGGUGUGAAUUGUAUAAACCCUUCGGCACUUCGUUUUGUUAUGUAGUGUUGUCAGGUUUUAGCUGUAGAUAGAGGAGUUUUGGAACAACAGAUUUACGUACUGAACACAUGAUAUGGAGCAGUGUUAUUGUUAUGUGCUGUUGUAUAUCUGAUAUUUUUUUUGCCCGAA